AUGGCAGCGGUGAUCUCACGCUCGCUCCAGCCGGAUGUGUUGCCCAAAGAGCAAGCACUGCCAGCACCCUUCCAGCCGCCCACACCAGCAUUCUACAGGCUCGAAGAGAUCCUGAUUGAGAGAUGCCGGACUACUCCAGACGUACCCAUGAUCGGGUAUCCCGCCAACGCGCAUACUGCAGAGGAAUACAUCUAUCACACGGCGAGGCAGUUUGAUCGCUUCGUCAACGGAGCGAUUAAACAUCUACGAGGCCAAGGCCUGACCCCCGCGGCGAGAGAUCCGACUAAAGAUAGCCCCGUGGUUGCGCUCUUGGGUCCAGCCAACCUUGAUUAUGUUGUCGCCGUGUUUGCCUUGGCUCGCAUGGGCUUUGCAGUCUUCUAUCUCUCUACGCGCCUCAGCAACGAUGCGUACAUGAAUCUGCUUGAUCAAACAGACUGUCACCACAUUGUUCACGCAGAAAUCCCUGCCUUGUCCAAGACCGUUUCUGAGCUGCAUGCUCAGCGAAGCACGCUACAGUCGUUCCAUUUCACCACACCAGACACAUACUUGAACUGCACCGAGUCGUCAGAGUACAAGUUCAAGAGCCGGGUCGAGGACAGCACCAAGACCGCCUACAUCAUUCAUUCUUCUGGUUCCACGGGUUACCCCAAGGCCAUCCCCAGCAUGCACAAGUCUGGCAUCUCCAACUACACUUAUAGCAAAGGCUUCGAGUCCUACUACAUCACGUUGCCAUUCUAUCAUGGCCAUGGCGUCAGCAUGUUCUUCCGAGCCGUCUUCAAGGGCAAGCCCAUUGCGUUGUAUAAUGCCUCACUGCCGCUUACCGGUGGCCACCUCGUCAAGGGGCUACAGAACACCAGGCCCGAGAGUCUCCACUGCGUUCCUUACGCUUUGAAGCUCAUUGCCGAGACUGAGGGCGGGAUCGAGGCUCUGAGAGGGCCCAAGCAGGUCCUUUUUGGGGGAAGCAGCUGCCCCGAUGAACUGGGCGACCAGCUUGUGGAGGGUGGCGUCCGACUGAUCAGUCACUACGGCGCCACCGAGUUUGGACAGCUCAUGACAUCGGAUCGCCCAGCUGGCGAUGAAGCAUGGAACUAUCUGCAUCCCUUGCCCACGGCUGCUCCGUACCUGUUGUUCGAUCUGCUUGACGACGGCACAUACGAGUGCGUCGUGCUCGACGGACUCCCCUCAAAGAACAAGAGCAACUGCGACGAUCCCCCAAACUCGUUCCGGACCAGCGAUCGUUUCGUCAAGCACCCCAUACUGGCGAACCGUUGGAAAUACGUCGGGCGCCUGGACGAUCGCGUCACCCUCAUGAAUGGCGAAAAGGUCCUUCCCAUUCCUAUUGAGCAUCGCAUCAGGCAGAACAGAUUCAUAAAAGAGGUCCUUGUGGUCGGCGUUGGUCAGGUUCUGCCGGGGCUGCUUGUCAUGCCCAGCGAUAAUGCCGAGGGACUCAGCAAGGACCAGAUCCUGGACAAGGUUUGGCCCGAUAUCGCUGCUGCAAACCAGGACGCAGAAGCGUUCAGCCAAAUAACCAAGGAUGCGGUUGAGAUUCUUGACGUCGGCGUCUGGUUCCCACAGACAGAAAAGGGCACCCUGAUUCGACAGGCAUGCUACAAGCACUUUGAAAAGGCCAUCGGCAGCUUGUUUGAUCGUGCCAGCGGUGCUGGCGAGCCCACCCAAGAACAAGGCUCGACGAUGAAGCUUGCCCUGAGUGUCAAUGGCAUCGAGGAGUUUCUGACUGGCAUCAUACAGCGGGAUCUAGGCCUGUCUCAUAUCAAGCCCGACACAGAUUUCUUCACGGCUGGGAUGGAUAGUUUGCAAGCCAUCAAGGCUUAUGCGAUCAUCAAGCGUCACUUGGACCUCGGUGACGGCAAAUUGAAUCAGAACGCCUUGUACGACUUUGGAAACAUCAAGAAGCUGGCGGCGCAUUUGCACAAUCUGCGCACAGGCGAACAGGCUGAUGCAGAAGACGAGGUUGGGAUUAUGGCCCAGCUGAUCAAGAAGUACUCUACAUUUGAGAAACAGGCACCCGUUCAACGAGAAGUGGUGCUCGUGACCGGUGUCACUGGCUCCCUAGGCUGCUAUAUCUUGUCCAAACUCCUUGCAAAGCAGUCUGUCGACAAAGUAUACUGCCUUGUACGCGCCUCGUCAACCGACGCCGCUCUAGACAGAGUCAUAUCCACCCUAAAUAAGAGACAGCUGCCCAUCUCAAAUGUGUCAAAGAUCCGAGCUUUCCCCUCCGACCUCUCCCGGCAAGAUUUGGGUCUUGGCGCAGAGGUGAUAUAUCAGCUUCAGAACACCCUUACCAAGGUCAUUCACAGCGCCUGGGCCGUGAACUUUAAUAUUGGCGUUCGCAGCUUCGAGGAACAGCACAUUGCCGGCGUCCGUCAUUUGAUUGAUCUCUGCAUCUCGUCUCGUCGCCAGUCGCCGGCUGAGUUCUACUUCUGCUCCUCGACCUCUGCGGCAGCCCGCACCCCGCUACCAGGCAGUGUGGCGGAGGGCCAUGUUCUAGACCUGUCGCACAGCUUCCCCAUGGGUUACGCGAGGUCGAAGCUCGUUGCCGAGCGUAUCGUCCAGGCCGCCGCGGAGCAGACAGGCAUGGUCUGCAAGGUGCUCCGCGUGGGCCAGAUUGCGGGCGACACCGUUGUCGGUCGGUGGAACCAGGACGAGGGCAUCCCCUUGAUGAUUUGCAGCGCCAUGACAAUGGGCGCACUGCCAGCACUUGACGAAACACCGUCGUGGACCCCGGUCGAUAUUGUCGCCCAGACUAUACUGGAGCUGAGUUCGCUGGAUGCCCCAGAGCCCGAGGGUGCAAGCCUCGCGAGGAAAUAUGCCCAGGACCCCGAGGUGGUCUACAACCUCGUGAACCCUGCCGUGUUCCAUUGGACAAAUGACCUACUCCCAGCUUUGCGGGACGCCGGCCUCGAGUUUGAGGUUGUAGAUCAGAGGGAAUGGAUCAAACGUCUGAGGGAAGGCGAGCAGGACCCGACCAAGAAUCCCACUGUCAAGCUCACGGAGUUCUUCGCCAGGAAAUACGACCACGACAAUGGGGGUGCCCGUCAAGGCCUUACCUACAGUACCAAACUCACAGAACAGGCUAGCCCUAGCUUUAGAAACGGCGUUGAUCUGAUCUCGAGCGGUAUCGUGAAGAAGUUUGUUGAUUCAUGGCGGCAGGAUAGGGAAAGUGCCUAA